AGCAGCAGGCAGAGUUAGCGUUAGCUCCCACACAAUGACGUCUCGACCUCUUCCUCUCUCCUCAUCCUCUUCUAUUUUCUUACCCUCCAAAACAAACUUGGUUAUUCAAAUCUGAUGGCUCACUAACUUCAGAUUUUUCCAUAAACUUGCAUCGGAGAUAAGGACCACCACCACCAAAGUCUCUCUGUAAGGUGUGCUGUCUCUGAUGGGAAACACCACUCUGUUGUUUGUAGCUUAUCGUAAGAAGUUGUCUCUAAAGCCUGCCGAGUUUUUUAUCAUCAACCUCUCCAUCAGUGACCUGGGCAUGACCAUCUUCCUCUUUCCCUUCGCUAUUCCCUCUGCUUUUGCUCACAGGUGGUUGUUCACGGAGGUGAUGUGUAUGUGUUAUGCCUUCUGUGGAGUUUUAUUUGGCAUCUGCAGCCUCAGUAACCUGACCGUACUGUCCUGUGUGUGCUGGCUCAAAGUCUGCUGCCCCAACUACGGUAAUAAGUUAUCCUCGUCCCACGCACGUCUGCUGGUGGUUGGGGUGUGGUGUUACGCUGCAUUGUUUGCAGUAGGUCCGCUCUCAGGCUGGGGUCAGUAUGGCUCAGAGCCUUACGGCACAGCCUGCUGCAUCGACUGGCACGCACCCAGCUACAACACACCUGCCAUGAUCUACAUCGUCUGCCUCUUCUUAUUUUGCUACAUCGUCCCCUGCACCAUCAUCUUCCUCUCCUACACGCUCAUCCUGGUGACGGUCCGGGGGGCCCAGCAUGCAGUGCAGCAGCACGUCUCUCCUCAGAACAAAAUCUCCAACGUGCAGACACUUCUCGUCAAGCUGUCGGUGGCAGUAUGUAUUGGAUUUCUGAUGGCGUGGAGCCCGUACGCUGUGGUAUCCAUGUGGGCAGCCUUUACUGAACCAGACUUGGUACCUCCAAUAGCGUUUGCCCUGGCGGCCAUGUUUGCCAAGUCAUCCACCCUCUACAAUCCGAUGGUCUACCUCGUCUUUAAGCCCAGCUUCCGAAAAUCCCUGUGCCGGGACGCCACAAGAUGCAAGAGAACACUCUGUACCUGCAUAUGCCAGACAGACAGCCAACAAAAAAGCACAACAAGCCUUUCAAAACUGAACACAAAGAAUAAGUGUAACCUCACGUGGGUCUCUAAUGGACUGAACGAGAGCCACCAGUCGUGCAGACAUUGUCCAGAAGGACAAACAGGGCAUUACCUGGACAUCACACCCCAAAGGACAGCACGCAUCCUCAUUGGCUCCACUCACAGUGAGGUGGCAGUCAGCCAACUCUCCAAUGAAAUCAACAGCGACUUCCUUUAGAUGAUGAGAAACUGAUCGUAGCAAAAACAAAGAGAGGUGGUAAUAAAUAUGCCUUAAAGUCUCAUACUAACUAGUAUUCCGUUUGCAAGAGGAUAUUACACCACUUGACUUGUUAACUAAGCAAAAAAGACUUUUUGGCUACCUGGUAACUCAGAGUAUUUGAUUUGGUAGCAAAAUUACAACCUGAUUUCAUGAUGAAAAUGUACCUGUACCUUUUUUGCAAGAAGCAAAAUAUAUACCGCCAUGUACGUUUUGUGACAUAUUCAAUGUGAAAUGUCCACUAAAAGAGUGUUAGUUUUUUUUUUUCUUCUUUCCCCGGAGCAGGUGAAUGUACAUAUGGUACAUUUAAUGUGACAUUAGUUUUGUACAUGUCACCACAGUUCUGACUUGAAAUGUCCAUUGGGUGACGCUAUAACUCUAAUGAUCUGUGACGUUUUAAAGUAACGUACCAUCUGCACUACACCUAAACCUACCCAAUAGUAUGAACAAUAGCGAAUGUGGUGUGAAAACGCAAUCGCAACCAUGCCAUUUUAGCUUGUUUUUCGAUCUCUCAUCUUUCAGCUCUUUCAUCGUGAGUCAUGUUUUUCACAGGAUUUGUACCCAAGAAUUCCGUAUCCAAUUCCUUGCUGCUUGAGUCACCGAACAAGCUUGUUAUGUUCAGAAAGUGAAACAUAUGGAGCUGUAAUCAUAACUGUGUACGAAAACAUGUGCUCGAUGUUUUACCACCUCUAGUGUUAAUUUCUGUUGGCAACUGCAGUAAUUUGUGCUUAUUGUUACAUAUUUUGUGUCUUGUGAAAAGUUCCCACAGGUAUGUUUUUGUCAUGAAAUCGGAUAGCAAAAUUACAUGCCAAAUUUGUACUUGACAUGCCACUCUCAAAUAAUAUUAAUCCAAAAUGAAAAUUCUGUUAUUAUGUGUUCUUUUUCCAUUCCUUCCACACCUGUAUGCAUAAGUUUACAAUUAUUUAUCAAUGAUGCACAAUAAUCAUUAAUGUUUCAUAAUGUUAUUGAGGUCCAACAUGACAGAUGCCUUGAAAGGAGCCAUAUUAGACUUGAGCUACAGAUUAUUAGUCAAUAAUGAUUUCAGUAUUGCCAUUUUUCUUGCCAUUUUUCACAAAACUGCCAUGUGGCUGUGGUAGACUUGCAGUGCACAAGUUACAUGUUGUACUAUAUGUAUAGAGCUAUUUGA